GAGCAUUAUCUGAAUGCGCGGUUUCAUUAUCUUCACUGCAGUGAUAUUAAACGGUUGUUCGCUGAUUGAGAGUUUGGUAAAGUCGUUUUGUUUCAGAUAGUGUCGAGUCGGUAACUUAGUUUUGAAUCAGUUCUUGCGCUCUUUAUAAAGUUGCCUGCAGGAGAUCUUGGGUAACUGAAACCGAGAUAACAGUAUAGUGAUAACAAAUUAAUUAUUUUUAUAGUGCAGUGACAAUCAGUUUUAGUUGUGGAUUCAUCUGUGUCUAGUGGAGAGGUGUAGAGGUGCAACGUGCAAAACAUUAAUUUUGAACAGAGUAAAUAGUUUUGAGGUGUUUCCUGAAUAUCUCAUGUGGAACUCAACCAUUUUCCAGGGAUUAACAUGGAUAAGAAAACACUUAUAAUUGUGCUGGCAACAUGCCUGCUUGGCGGGAUCUUCGUGUGCUUUGUGCUGUCCACGAGGGUGGUUCAAUCGGUGGACCCCGAGGAAGACCAGGAUGCCGAGGUGGAGGGGAGGGACUACAUGGCCAAGCUCAACAAGGAGAUGGCUCUGCUCUCCAACAAACAGGUCAAAGCGGCUUGGGCCUACGACAGUAAUAUCACCGAGCACAACAAGGAACUCAAGUUGAACGUUUCACUGGAAACUGCAAAGGUGGUAAAGGAGCGAUGGCUCAACACAAUCAGAUUCCCCUGGCAAUCUUUCAAAGACGAAGAUCUCAAGAGACAAUUCAAGAAAAUGUCCAUUCUAGGUACAGCAGCGUUGCCGGACGACAAAUACGAGAAGUUGGAGAAUACAAUCACCACUAUGACGUCAAUCUAUGCUGAAGCUAAGCUCUGUCCUUAUGGAGACACCUCUAACACAGACUGUCAACUAUCUCUGGAGCCCGAGAUUUCCGAAAAACUUGCAAAAAGCAGAUCUCCCGAUGAACUGAAACAUUACUGGGUUGAAUGGAGAAAUUCCACUGGAAGAAAAUGCAGAAACUUGUACACUGAGUACGUCACACUUAUGAAUGAAGCUGCCAAGCUGAACAAUUUCACUGACGCUGCCGAGUACUGGCUCCAUGAUUUUGAGAUGAACGAUUUCGAGAAGGAGGUGCAGAAACUGUGGAACGUGAUAGAGCCUCUCUACAUGCAGCUACAUGCUUAUGUCAGGGGACGUCUCAAUGAAAAGUAUGGCGAUGAAAUGGUGCCAAAACAGGGUGCCAUUCCUGCUCAUCUAUUAGGAAACAUGUGGUCACAAACCUGGGGGAACAUCUAUGAAUUUACAGUUCCAUUCCAAGGCAAACAGCAAAUCGAUGUGACAGAAUCAAUGAAGCAACAGAAUUACACGCCUCUGAAAAUGUUCAAGCUUUCUGACGAGUUUUUCAAGUCCUUGAAUUUGAGUGCAAUGCCCGAGCUGUUCUGGAAUAACUCUAUCAUCGAGAAGCCACAAGGCAGAGAGCUUGUAUGCCAUGCCUCCGCUUGGGACUUCUAUGAUGGGGAAGAUUUCAGAAUCAAGGAAUGUACUGUGGUAACCAUGGAAGAUCUGUACACAGUUCAUCAUGAGAUGGGACACAUUCAAUAUUACCUGCAAUACAAAGACCAACCAAACGUUUACAAGGAAGGAGCCAAUUCAGGUUUCCACGAGGCAGUCGGCGACACUAUCGCCCUCUCUGUGAGCACCCCAAAACACAUGCGCAAGAUCGGCCUCCUGGACCCGCAGUCCGAGGAUGAUCCUCAGGCAGACAUCAACUUCCUCUUCCUCACCGCUCUCGACAAGAUCGCCUUCCUUCCCUUCGGAUACCUCAUGGACGUCUGGAGGUGGGGAGUGUUCAAGGGCACCAUUGAGCCGAAGAACUACAACUGUCAGUGGUGGAACCUGCGCUGGAGGUACCAGGGUAUCGAACCACCCGUACACCGCAGUGAAGAGGACUUUGACCCUGGUGCAAAGUACCACAUUGUCGGCGACACUCCUUACAUCAGGUACUUUGUGAGCUUCAUCAUCCAAUUCCAAUUCCACCGGGCUCUGUGUGAGAAGGCCGGACAAUUCGAUCCCCAGAACCCAACCAGUAAACCUCUUCACCAAUGCGAUAUCUACCAGAGCACAGAGGCUGGAAACGCUCUAGGCGCCAUGUUGAAAAUGGGCUCAUCGAAGCCUUGGCCUGACGCAAUGGAAGCCCUGACGGGUCAGAGAAAGAUGGACGCCAGUGCUCUGAUGCAAUAUUUUGCGCCGCUCUACGAGUGGCUCAAAGAGGAGAACAAACGGACAGGAGCUUCUAUCGGCUGGCGUACACAUCCUCAACAGAAACGCUGUGUGAAACAUCUGUCAGAUUUGGAAAAUUCCGACGAGCUGUCUGAAGAAAUUGUAACUGACGAAGUUCCAAAAAGUAUUUCAUAAAUCCUGAAUCAAACUUCAGAACAAAACAAUGAACUGAUUCAGUAGAAGUUUAGUGCCUUGAUCAAUAAGUAGGUAAUAAUAGAGAAAUUGCGCCUUAAUAGAAUAAAAUGAAUAUUGCAUGAAUUGAAUGAAUUUUAUUUUGAAUAUAUAAGAGGAAUGAUAUUCAGGGUGUUGAUAAUAAAUAAUUAAUUAGCCUACAUAUUGAUUAUUUUGAAAAAUAAUAAUAUUAUUAUCAUAUUCAGAAAUACAGUAAGUUAUUGAUAUGGAUUAGCUUCCACAUGGAACAUUAUUUUUUGCCAUUGGAUUAAUAUUAUAUGAGUAGGCUACUUGCUUGAUUGCUUCAUUUUAUAAUACAAAUUUUGCAUUAUCAAGGCUUAAUUAAUUGAACUUCAUAUUAAUAAGUAGAUAAGUUUUUUAGCGCUGUACUUUGAAGAUAAAUUUCUUUAGAGAAUAUUUGUCACUCAAGUGAGAUAUUUUGAGUGAUUCAAUCAAUUUGAUUGUAGUGAAUAUUGAUAAAAAUGAUGAAAUACCGUAUUUCUAUAUGCGAGUAUUCUUGAAAAUUUCUGUGAUAAAAAGAUCUUAGAAGAUAAUACUUAUUUUUUAGAUACUUAAAUAAUUUUAGAGCAUUAUUAAAAGUGCAGUAAUAAAUAAAAUAAUUAAAGUUAUGAAAGUUUAUUCAGGAAAUUUGGCUAUAGACUGUCUUUUAUUGAACAUUUUUUGCAUUAUAUUUUUAGGCCUACACAAAAAAUCUGAUUGAGAAUAAAUGAUAAUUUUAAUGAUCAAAUUCUAUUGUAAUGGGUUUAAUUUCAUUUAAGAUUAAGCUUGUUUAUAUAGCCUAUGUUUAUUUUUUCAAAUCAUUCAUGUUGAUAUUAUUAGUGAGAGUUAAGUCAUUAAACUUUAUUUGUACUCGUCAAAUCCAGGAAAUAAAAUUAUUAAAGUGAG